AUGUCGUGCCUCAACGUUUUAACGGUUCUUGCCUGUGCACUUUGUGUUUGUAAUGCCGGAACAUUCCCAUUCAGUGACUGCAUGCGUACCGAUGCUCAACGCAAUAUCAACAACAUCGUCCAUGUAAAUGCUGCUACCGCUUCGCCCUUCCCUGUCGUCGUUCCCGGCCCAGUUGACAUCGUAGGCAACUUGGAUGUCCUCAAAAACAUCACUGGGCCCUUAAAGAUGACGCUUUCUAUUAAACGAAAAGUCAUUGGGCUCUGGGUACCAAUUCCCUGUAUCUCCAACGUUGGAAGCUGUACCUAUCCCGACGUGUGCUCAUUGUUGAGCUCGACUUUCGUGAAAAACGGCGCCGUCGACUGUCCUGUGCAAUUAGCUGCAGAGGGCCUACCUUGCACAUGUCCAAUUCAAGCUGGCCACUACACACUUCACCAUGGACAUUUCCAGAUCCCAGAGUUAUCUGGAGUAUGGAGCUGGUUGGCGUCGGGCGAUUAUCAGAUCAGGGCUACUCUGACAGAUGCCGCCACAACGGAAGUGGCAUGCCACUCCAUGGACCUAUCGAUAGGUGCCCCCUGCUCAUUCUUCGACUGCCUGUUUGGAUGA